AUGGAUGCACAACAGCAGCAUUUGACUAUACAAGGUAUUUACCUUUCAGAAGGUCUAGAUAUGCACUCAAUGGAAGAAGUACAGUAUCUUCCAUCUUCUCAUAUUACAAGUAUCGACAUGGCUAGAACAGGACAAGGCGAUAUCUUCCAAGGUGUUAAACUUGAUCCAAAUCCGACGUCUCCAGCGCCUUCAUCCGUGUCUUUAAAGGAUAAAUGGCAACAAAAACGUCACGUGUGUGAAACAUCGGAUUGUGGUAAGAGUUUUGACUCGAAAUGGGCUCUUAUUAGACAUAUUCGUGUACAUACGGGUGAAAAACCAUUUCCUUGUACGUAUCCAUCUUGUGACAAAUCGUUUGCUGAGAAAUCGGCCAUGACACGCCACUUGCAAACACAUUCACGCGACAAGCCAUACAAAUGCACGUAUGUAGAUUGUACAAAGAGCUUUAAGGGCAAGGAUUACUUGGAAUUUCAUCUUAAAAUUCAUGCGGAAGGCAACCCAUACGCGUGUGAUCACCCGACGUGCUCCAAGACCUUUUGUAGUCCCAAGAGUCUAAAGAAACAUAUUCGUUUGUGGCACAAUCCUGGUGGUAAAAGUACAUCGAUGGAGCAACAACUAAGGGAACGCAUCAUUAAGAUGGCUACACGCAAUAAGGACAAGACACGCAAGUUUGAAUCGACUAUUCGAACGCUUUUGGAAGAGAAUGAGUCACUUAAGCGGAGGAUUCAUGAGUUGGAGAGCUGCCAACAGCAAUUCUAA